CUUCAAGUUUUUGUCAUGUUACUUUUCCAGAUCUAGAGUACAGGUGCAAAGGCCAGAGUAAUUAGCCACAGACAGAGGAGAUUUUGAAAAUUCACUUAUCGCUCAGCGCUGCAGAAUCCAUUUGCCACAACUAAAAUGCCAUAGUGUCCGUUGCUCUGCAACUUGUUUUAAACAAAGAAAUGGAAGCUAGUUUUUCUUGGCUGCAACCCAAAUAUUUUGCUACCCACAUUUAUCAUUGUUUGAAAGUUCAGACUGGGAUGUAGGGCCUUUUGUGAUGGGUUUUGAGUUACUAUAUUACAGCUGUAAUAUUAAAGCUGCUUGCUACUUGGCAAGUUGAUGAAAGUGUGUGUGUGUGUGUGUGUGUGUGUGUGUGGAGGUUUUCACAGCGUAUCUAAAAGUUGAGUUUCACAGUAAGUGUGUUUUUAGUGAUUGGGCUCUGUGAGAAGAAGGGACUAAACCAGUUUACUUACAGUCAUUUUGGCUUAUCCAUAUUUGCUUAGGGUUACAACUUAUAUUUCAUCUAUGCAUAAGCAGCUUUACAUCGGGCACUUGUCAUACACAUGCAGCAAGCACUGAUAUUGUACACCAAAUAGUUUCUGUUUGUGGAUCAAAUUAAUUGCCUCCUGUCCUCAAACUUUCCUUUUUCUUUAUUCAAAAAAAAAAGGAACCGGACAGUUUGAAUGGAGACACUGUCUCCAUACCUCAGUGUAACGGUCAUUGACCACACAGAAAUCAAUAACAUCAACUCCUUAUUUUGUUCAUUUUUACUAAAAAGUCUCAUUUUCUUUACUGUCAAUAAUUGCCAGAUUCUAUGUGGCAACACAUAACCUUAAAGCCACUUCUCUGUCACAGGGUUGUGUAUCCAGGUGAGAUUCAAGAGAUCAGUUUCCCUUUCUCCAAUGGGGAAGGUCUGCAGAAAGGAUGGGCUCCUGCGGUUUAUGCGAUAUGUAUUUGGUUUCGGGUUGGGGUUUUUGAGGGAACAUACUAAACAUGUUACAGGCUAAGAACCAUGUUUUUUUUGUGGGUGCGGUCUGACAUUUGCACAUCUGGCUCCAUUUUCACGGCAGCAGGACAUUUCACUCUAUUGUCGGGCAUUGCCCCGUGCAUCUUUUAACCACAGAGGUCUACAUGGUCCCCAGGACAUUUAUUUUGUAAUUGAACCUUUUGUCUAAUUGUUCUGAGCAUCUGAAUUUGAUACAGCACAAAGUCCUUUAAUUUUGUACAUUGUGUAAAAUACAAAUACUGUACAAAUCUGUAGAAAAACCAAGAAUCUAAUAAAGGAUGCAUUUCUUUGACAUUUGUAAGUUAUUGUCUUUGUCAACAACAGUCUAAAGCCUGGGGAAAUCAUUGUUAGAAGCACACUACCGUCACAAGUUGACCGCCAACAAUACGUUUUUUUAUGUAAAGCCUCUCUGAAAGACCUGUUACUGAUUGAAGCCCAUAUAAACCACAAUGUAAUGCCUUUGUAUGCCUGAUGACAGGCCAUGAUAAUUAAUGUAAAAUGGAUUUGUAAAACCUCUUCAAUGACUAAUUCUAUAUCUGAAGUUCUUCCUUGUGUGCGCUAAACCUCAUUGCAGCCAAUAAAUAGAGGAAAAUGAGAUCUGAGAUGGCAGUAAGUGUUUUUAGGGAAGCCAGUGCGUUCCUUUAAACCAGCAUGAAGGCAAGAUAAAUGACGAGGGUGUUUUAAAGGGACAGGGGCGCGGAUGUCUGGUUUUGGCAGAUUAUUCAGUGUCCCUCCCCCUGAGCUUGUGCAAGCUUCUUUUACCCCUGGCCUGCAUACCACCGUAUAUAGACUCCUAAUAUAGACCCAAGUGCUUCAUAGGAAAGGGCAGGAAACUAAGCGGAGUCCCCAGCAGUUUGAGAUUGCUGCUUUGAAAUCAACUUUUUCAUGGAAACACCAACCGAAUUAUGGAGCCUCCCUCACAGGUGUUACUCCCAGGAAAGAAGCGGGAAAUAAAGAAACAAGAUGCUGACGCCACAGUCUACAUGAAUUUCAUGAAAAGUCACUGCUGCUAUGAUGCCAUUCCAACCAGCUGUAAGCUGGUCAUAUUUGAUACCACACUGCAAGUAAGAAACUCGUGCACAGGGGUUUGUUUCACCAUUGGGAUUUAUUUGCCGGUAGAUCUCCGCUCUGACUGUAAAUGUUAUGACAUCCAAAAGGUGAAAAAGGCCUUUUUUGCACUGGUGGCAAAUGGCUUGAGGGCUGCGCCUUUAUGGGACAGCAAGCUGCAGAGAUUUGUGGGUAUGCUGACCAUUACGGAUUUCAUCAACAUCCUCCAUUGCUAUUACAAGUCCCCUCUGGUUCAAAUGUAUGAGCUGGAGAACCACAAGAUUGAGACAUGGCGAGGUGAUUCCUUUCAAAAUGUCUACUUACAGUGUUCCAAUCACUUCCUCAUUAGUAUUUCCCCAGAGGCCAGCCUCUUUGAUGCCAUCUAUUUCUUACUCAAAUAUAAGAUCCACAGGCUGCCAGUCAUCGAUCCAGAGUCUGGAAAUGUCCUGCACAUUCUCACCCACAAAAGAAUCCUCAAGUUUCUCCAUAUAUUUCAGAAAAAAGUUCCCAAGCCUCCAUUCAUCGGAAGGCCGAUCCAGGAGCUUGGGAUUGGGACGUUCAGGAACAUCGCCACUGUUCAGCAGACAGCAUCACUAUAUGAAGCCCUCUCCAUUUUUGUGGAAAGGCGAGUGUCUGCACUACCUGUGGUGGACGAACAAGGCAAAGUGGUGUCACUCUACUCAAGAUUUGAUGUGAUUAAUCUAGCAGCCCAGAAGACGUACAACAAUCUGGACAUGCCGAUGCAGGAGGCCGUUCGCAGGCGCUCGUGUUUUGUUGAGGGAGUGAUCAAGUGUUACCCCGAUGAAACCUUGGAAACCAUCAUAGACCGCAUAGUCAACGCUGAGGUCCACCGGCUGGUCCUGGUGGACCGGGCUGAUGUGGUGAAGGGCAUCAUCUCUCUGUCUGACCUGCUGCAGGCCAUGGUCUUAACCCCCGCAGGUAUUGAUGCCCUUUUGUCCUAGCACCAGGGGACAGGUGGUCCCCUACUCUCCUUUAUCACCUGUGUAGGCUUGAUUCCUGGCCGUGAACCCAGCCAGAAAUCAACUUGUGACUAAAGUGAGAGACCACAAAAGGAAGAAAAAUCCCCUGGCUGUGCUGCUGUUAUCAUGAACAUGUCUUCCAUGAUUAAUAGUGUUAAAGUAACUAUAAAGGACAGUGGGCCAACCUUGAAAACGUACUGAAUCUCUAUAAGUCUCCAAGCACAAUGUCCAUAUUGGCUGCAUUUGAUCAAAUUGAUCAAUAUGUAUGCAGCACUGUAUAUUUCUGUAUUAAACAUUUGUAUCAAAA